UGUCUCCUUAAAAGCAUCCUCCUCCAGCCCAAAAUCCGGGGGAACCAUUUUCGUACAUGCGCGAAUGUUUCGUUCAUAACAUCCGAAUAUCAAAGUGUCAGAAACCUUGCUAUGUCGUACGUGUACUACAUGAGGUAGCCACACAGUCGCACUUUCCGAGUACAAAGAAAUCCAUCCACCUAUCCACCUUCCCGUUCCACCACCGACAAGGAAGACCGCUCUCCAAAUACCUUCGAUUAUGCCACUCAUGGCGUCAACACCCUUCCACCGACCGAGAUGUAUGCGCGUAUUGGUCGCCCUGUGUGGUGCGAUUUUUGUGGUGCAGCUUCUACUUUUGACACGACCCACUGGGAUAUGCCACGCCUCUUCAACCGUUCUUCAUCAUAGCGGGAGAAAUGACGACAAGCCAGCCAAACAGAGCCCUAUUAAAUCACCUGGCUGGUUUCAUCGCCCAUCGACUCCGGUCAAGGAUGGACCCAAGGGUCCGGGAGCAGGAACUCCGCCCGAAAAAGCAAACGUGGAGUCAUUGGAAUGGAAGAUCAACUCAAGCUUUCUCAUUCCUCACGGCUCGAGUAACUGCAUGCCCUCUCUUCCGAACACCACCAACUCCAGAGCCCAAGAAACUAGGCAUCUAUGCGAGCAAUAUUCGCCUUUCAACAUCACCUCCACGUCUACCACGAGCCCGCGCAUAGCCUUACUUACGGCUCACUACGGUUCCAAUAGUGCAUAUGAUCCUGCACUUCUGACACACCUUACACAUGGACUUGUACACGAGCACCAGGUUAGGGUACUGUGUGAUCCGAUUGUGGACGCUAUCUGGAACAAACCGGCUUUCCUACUGAACAUCAUGAUGGAAGAGAUGAUGAAGCCUAAAGAUGAACGCUUGGAAUGGAUAUUCUGGGCCGAUAGGGAUACGAUGGUUCUCGAUCAGUGUCGUCCCAUCUCUUCAUUCCUCCCACCCGAACGCUCGGUCUGGGACCCGCCUCGACCCACACCAAAGCGAGGCUUCUUCUCCCGUAUCGCUUCCAUGUUUGGCUUUGGUUCGGCACAGCCCAGUGAGCCUCAGGACAUACAUCUUCUAGCUACCAACGACAAGAACGGUCUGAAUGCUGGCAUCUUCAUCCUCCGCAUCUCAUCAGUCUCCAUUUCAUUUCUCACCGCCAUCCUAUCAUACCCUACACACCACCCCAAAACUCGUCUUCGAUUCGAUGAGCAGACUGCCAUGUCGCUUCUGAUAAAAUCGCCGAAAUUUCGUCCACACACGCAGAUCGUGCCGCAACACUGGUUCAAUAGCUAUACCUAUACAGAUCGCGAUGAAAAAGGUAACAAUCGGGGCUACAAAGGCGAUCAGGGCGAUCAUGAUAGUGGCUCCACUGUCUACGCUGAAAGGAUGAAUACCACCGGUCUCGAAGGAGGCUUUAGGGAAGGUUACGUAAGGAGAGGAGAUUUUCUGGUGCACUUUGCGGGGAACAAGAAGAAAGACCAGAAUGUGAGACGGUGGGCGACAAUGCUGGCUAAAGAAGGCGUUGUCUGGGAAAGUAAGGGUGGGGUACAAAGAGAUGGCAGUAAAGAAGUGCGGAAGUUUUGGGAAGAUAUGGGAUAUUGA